AUGAGCAACCUGAAGCCGGACGGCGAGCACAGCACCGGCACCGGCACGGGCACCGGCACGGGCUCCGGCGGCACUCUGGAGGAGGAGGUCCGGACACUAUUUGUCAGUGGCCUCCCUGUGGACAUUAAACCCAGAGAACUCUACCUGCUCUUCCGGCCGUUCAAGGGCUAUGAAGGGUCCCUGAUCAAGCUCACAUCGAGACAGCCUGUCGGUUUUGUGAUCUUUGACAGCCGAGCAGGAGCAGAAGCAGCCAAGAAUGCUUUGAACGGUAUUCGCUUUGAUCCUGAGAACCCGCAGACCCUGAGGCUAGAGUUUGCCAAAGCCAACACCAAGAUGGCCAAGAACAAGCUAAUGGCUACACCUAAUCCCACCAAUGCUCACCCCGCCCUAGGAGCACACUUCAUCGCACGGGACCCCUAUGACCUUAUGGGGGCUGCUCUGAUCCCUGCGUCCCCAGAGGCCUGGGCUCCCUACCCUCUGUACACCACAGAGCUGACCCCCGCCAUCUCACCUGCUGCAUUCACCUACCCAGCUGCCACUGCCGCCGCCGCCAUCCACGCUCAGGUGCGCUGGUACCCUUCCUCUGAUACCACCCAGCAAGGAUGGAAAUAUCGUCAGUUCUGUUAGUUCUUCAGUCUUGUCACUGCAGCUUGAAGCCCCUGCCCCGCUGGGGAGGAAGCCACUCUGAGCUUCCACUGCCCCCAGGCGGCCUGUGGAGAGCUGCUGCUUCCUUCCAAAGACUGUGAAUUUUAAGCCUGACUCAGUGGACUGUUUCCCAUUUCCUUCCUCCUCUCCCUCUGCCCUUUUCCUCCCCCAAAGCCCCCGCACCGAGACCUCCCGGGAGGACUGGGGGGGCCUUCUUGCUGGGAUACCCAGACCCAGCCCGGAGGCCUCACUGGGACUGAGCAAGGCCUGACCUCUGGUCCAGACUUGCUUCCAUAGCUCCACCUCAGAGAAACGGGGCAUUUAAUUUUGCAUGUUUUCUGGCAUGAAUUAAGACACUUAAACUUGUGUAUAUGUGAGUGUACAGUUUGUUCUCACAUUGUGUCACCAUAGCAACAGGUCCUGGCCACCAUUGGUUCAUCAUUCCCGGUCCCUCUCUCCACACCCUCCCCAAAGCCCCUUGCUUCAGUGAGGACCGAGCCCCGCAGCUCACUCCGCCCAGCGGCUGGGGACCACACCCCCCCCCCCCCCCCGUGCUUCCCGGCCGAACAGCAACGACCACCUAACAGAGGUAGUGUUUUCUUUUUCAUUUCAAAUCCGGGUCCUCCACUUCCUCCUCCUAGAGGGGCCAGCAUCUGCUAAGAAAAUCCUUUCUCUGCCUGGUUUGCUUACCUCUCCACA